UUGAAAAAGGUAACAAACAAAAAAGGAAAAAAAAUAAAGAUGGCGGAGAACCUGCGAGAUGCUCUACGCGAUUUCGCCCUCCAAAAGAUGCGUGAUCUUGAAACGGAGAGAGCUCAAAAGAGCAAAAAAGAUGACGAUAGUGAUGGUAAAAGUCCGAAGUCAACGAAGAUCAAAAUCAACAGGGUUACCUCCAAGAUGAUAUCAGGAUCAUCAAAGAAAGCUGAAGAUUCACAGGCAGUCAAGUCGGAUUCCACGAAAAACACCAAGCGACAUCUUGAUGAAUCCACUUCAGGAGACAGUAGUAAAGUACAGAAACUCAUGAGGCUGUACGAGGAAGACGCAUCCAUCGCAGUGACGUCUGCAGCUGGGAAAGGAGGCAGUGGAUCUGUCAAGUCACCACCUGUACCAUCUGUACCCAAGAGAACAGAUUUUCUUGCGAAUAAUGAAGCAUUUAUCAAAAAACAGGAUGGGACAGAGAACAAGAAACUUUCUGGAUCGACAAAGUUCAUGAAAGAAGAGUCCUCAAAAGAUCAGCUUCAAUUCAAGAGCUUACAGUUGAGCAAAAAAGAAGAGUCUGAUGUUGAAGUGGGUGCAGAGAAGAAGAGUGUACCAAUAUCAGGUGAAAAGAAAAUGAUCAAGAUAAACAUCCAAACUAAAUUGAUAGAGCUGCAACAAGAACCAGAGAAGGUGGCAAAAGAUGGCUUGGACUCUGACUCUGACAGCAGUAGCGAUGAUGAUGGUAAUGAUAGUGAUGAUGAUCAGGUUGCUGCUGGGCUGCCAUGGAGGACCAUUCUUGAAGAUGGAGAGCUGAGCGAAUCAUCACAUGAAGAGGAAGAGAAGCAAGAAGAAGAUGUAAAGGAGACAGGUGGGAAUGAGGAGAAGGCUAUAGAAGAGGAGAAAGAAGUCUUGGAAAAGACGGGGGAAGAUAAGAAAAAGUCUUCCAAACACAAGCACAAGAGCAAACACAAGAAGCACAAACAUAAGAAAAGCAAAAAGAAAAAGAGUAAGCACAAGCACAAAGACAAAAAGCGAAAGGAUAGUGCUUCUGAUUUGAAGAAUGAAGGAGGGACUACUUCCGAACAAGGGACAAGAGAAGAGAAUGAUUCAACAGCAUCAGGAAAUGAAAUAAUUGACAUUAAACAUGAAGGAGAUAAAACAAGCUCUAGCAGGAGAAGGAGCAAAGAUGAAAAGCAGAAGGAAUCGCGACAAAAAGAUGAAAAAUUGGAAGAGAGUAAAAGGCAGAGUAGUUCAAGUUCCAGUAGAAAAACUAGUAAAGAGAGGGAAGCACAGGAAGCAAGGGAUGAGGGCCCCUUGAAAGAAGAUGUGAGGAAGGAUAAACAGACUAAAACUGAAGAGAGAAAGGACAAAUCUAGAAGUCAUAUUGAAAGUAGAAGUCGCAGCAAGGAAAAAAGUCAUACAAAGGAUGUGAGAGAAGACAAUAAGAGAAGAAAUGAGGAUGUGGGAAGAAUGGAUCAAGUUAAGGAUAAAGAAGAAAAGAAAACCGAUGACAAGCAUGAAAGAAGGUCAAGGAGCAUUGAGAAGCUGUCCCAUGAUGAAAGUUGUGGAAAACCUGAGAAAAUUAAAGAGGAUGAUAAAUGUGUGCCUUUAUCAAAACAAUUAGAAGGAAGUACUAGUGGGACGAAAGAAAAGCAAGCUGAACACCAAAAGGAAGAAAGUAAAAGUGUAAUCGAAAGUGAUGAGAAGGCAAAACCUUCCAAGAUUGAUUCAAAGGAAGAAAGCAAGACCGUAAGAGAAAGUACAGACCCUACACGUGCAGGAGGAAGUUUCACAAUAAUGUUUUCCAAUGAUGAUAGUGUCAAGACUCGCAUAAGCAGCAAAAGUGAUUCAAGUCACAAAAGUGAAAAGAAUAAUCAUGAUGAGAGAAAAAUGAAGGAAGAGGAGAUACAAAAAGAAGACAUGAGGAAAAGCUUUAGAAGAGAGGAGGAGAAAAAGGAUGCUACAAAAGAGAAGAGUCGGCAUGAAGAAAGUAGGAAAGGAGAAAAGAGACACAAGGAGAAAAGGAAAGAGAAAGACAGGGAAGAUAAAAAGCAGGUCCACUCCAAGAAGCAUCAGGUAUCGACCAAAGUUAAGAUAGACCAUCUUGAACAUGACUUUCCAUCUGCAGAAGAAUAUGCUGAGGAUCCAGGUGAUAAGGUCCAGUCUGGAAAGAAGGAUGAUAUGAAAAGUGAGAUGUCAGUUUCAGAUGAGACCCAAUCCUCUGAAAUUCAGGCAGCUCUUGACACUCCUAUUGAAGUGGUUGUGCCACCAUCGGAUGAUGCCCCUGCAGAAAGUGCAGUCAAAAGAAAAGAGAAGUUAGAGGAAGAAAACAGUUCCGCAGAUAAUACUGAAAAGCAAGCAGAUGUCACCUCUGGAACUAAUGCAACUAAUGAGAGUGAAUCCUCAAUGAACUCAUCUUGUGCAGAAAAAUCUGAAGUGACUCGAGAUGAACGGUCAUGCUCCAGUGAUACUGCUGUCAAAGAUAGUGCCACCACAGCUUCUUCUAGGCAGAUAGAGUUCAUUAGUGUGAAGGACUCGCCAAUACCUGCUAAACAGCUUGAGAGUUCUGCCACCAAAGUGGAGACUGUUUUGAAGAUGGGAAUAGAGACUAGUGGUGAUGUUGAUGACUCAGAAGUCAUUGAUAAUACAGAAGCUAAACUCUCAAAAAGUUCAGAAAGUGCCGGACACAAGGAGGGCACAGAAGACUCCUCCGUCUGUGAGCAGAAAGAAGAUGGUGCUGUUAGUACAACUUCAUCCACAGAAAAACCCAACAAGAAUGCAGAAUCUAUUGAAAAGGCAGUGGAGAACAAGGAUGUACUGAAAGAAAGUGACAAAACUUCAAAGAAGAGGAAAAAAGACAAAUCAGAUGACAAAGAGGAAGGAGCAAUUGACAGUGAAAUUGAAGAAGGUGAAAUUACUAAAAAGCACAAGAAAAGCAAGAAGAAGGAUAAGAAGAAAGAUAAAAGUGAGAGGGAUAAGAAAGACCGAACGGAGAGAGACAAAAGUGGUCGAGACAGAAGUGAUUCCAGAGAUAAACACAAGAGGAGGCAUUCUGAUUCGCGUUCAGAGUCGCGUUCAGAGUCGCGUUCUCACUCCCGUUCUCACAAAAAACACAAAGGAUCACGCUCAAAAUCACGUUCUGAUGAUGAUGGUGAUAGCGAUAUAAGCAUUGGAACAACCAGAAUGGUGGAAAAGAGUUAUUUCAGUGAAUCGCGAGGCUGCUGGGUAACUCGGAUGGUCCCUAAAGAAGACGAUAGUCCAUCUCCUGAAGUUGGCGAUGGAAACGAACCAUAUGACAUUGGAGACACCUACAUCCGUCAUCCUGCUCAUGACAGAAGAAGCGUGUUUGACAGACUUGGUGGCGGGAGCAGCAGUCGUGGUAGAGGUCGUUACAACGACCGACAUGAUGAUAGGAAUCCGCGCUAUGGAUACAGUCGUAGAAGGGGACGUUCAUAUUCAAGGUCACAUUCUAGGUCGCGUUCAAGGUCAAGAUCCCCCAAGUUUCAUAUUGACAAGAAGAAACUGUUGGAGAUUGCCAAGGCUAACGCUUUAAUGAGAAUGAGAGCAGGAGACCUGCCAUCUAACUUGCCUAUUACUGAAUCCAUGAAGAAAGCAGCUGACUCAUUUGAAGUCAACGAAUCCAUCCAGAAGUUCACUGACCGAUGCAAGGCAUUGGCUAAUCUUCAAGGAGGCAGUUCUGACGAUGACUCACCGGUCAACAGACCAGUGGGCUCAGAUGAUGAAGAUGAAGAUGGGAACGAGGCUCAGAAACCGUUUGUGAGACAUCCUUUCAAGGUCAAAGAGGCUGCUCCCAUCGUGAUGAACAUCAGGAAUGCAAUCCAGAUUCCUGUGGCGAGUAAGGACAAGCUGAGAGUACAGUUCCCAGUGUCGUGUGGCUCUCAACAUCGUAAGAAAGAAGUCGAGAUUGUGAUUGGCAAUGCAAACGAUCCCUAUGGCCAAUGGAAAACUGUGGAGAAACCCACGCCUAAACCAGCGGCAGCACCAACCACAAAAGCUAGUACUCCCCAACCACCAGCAACACCAGCCACCACAGCAGCAGCAACACCAGCAGCCACACCAGCAACUCAGACCACCCCAGCAGCAACAGCCAUGGUUCCUGCAGUUGCUGCCACUGUGGCGCCUGUGGUAGCUGGCCCUCACAUUCCGGGGCUGACCAACAGCCAACCACCACAGCCAGUACCAGAGAAAGAUAAAGUCUUUGAAGAUUCACCAGGAUUUUCUUACGACAUUGGCCAGAUCGUGUCUGCUAGAUUGAAGGCUGCUAGGGCUCUGCAGUCCAAUCCUAAUAACGUGGAGGCACUCACUGUUCUGCAUCACUCACAAAAACAGAUUCAGACCUGGGCUCACAGCAGCAAGAAACCUGGUUUGUUCACGGGUAGCACAGACGCUACCUUCCUACGACCUGAAGAGCUUGGUAAUCCCAAUCGCAAAAACCAGGCUUGGAUUAGGAAGGACAUGUUCCUGACAGCUGCACCGGUCAACACAGACAUUGGACGGUCACUCAUGCAUAAGAUGGGCUGGAAGCAGGGAGAAGGACUAGGCAAGAACAAAGAGGGAGCCCUCAAUCCAUUGUUGUUGGAGAUCAAGACAGAUCGGCAAGGUCUGGUAGCUGCAGAGGAGAAACCAAAGAAGAAAGGGGAUGUGUCAAAGGUGAUCCGGAAGGACCUGUCCGGCAAGCACCCUGUGAUGGCGCUGAAUGAACUCUGUAAUAAGAGGAGAUGGGGCAAACCUAACUUUGAGGUUGUGAGAGAGGAUGGUCCUCCGCACAAGAAGAACUUUGUUUUCAAGGUGUGUAUACGUAAUGAUGAGUACAUUCCGACGGUGUGUUCAGGGAACAAGAAAGAUGCCAAAGCCAUGGCAGCAACGGUUGCCCUACAGAAGAUGGGACUUCUACCACAUUGAUGACUGGAACACACGCUAAGAUGCCAAAGCCAUGGCAGCAACGGUUGCCCUACAGAAGAUGGGACUUCUACCACAUUGAUGACUGGAACACACGCUAAGAUGCUAAAGCCAUGGCAGCAACGGUUGCCCUACAGAAGAUGGGACUUCUACCACAUUGAUGACUGGAACACACGCUAAGAUGCCAAAGCCAUGGCAGCAACGGUUGCCCUACAGAAGAUGGGACUUCUAUCACAUUGAUGACUGGAACACACGCUAAGAUGCCAAAGCCAUGGCAGCAACGGUUGCCCUACAGAAGAUGGGACUUCUACCACAUUGAUGACUGGAACACACGCUAAGAUGCCAAAGCUAUGGCAGCAACGGUUGCCCUACAGAAGAUGGGACUUCUACCACAUUGAUGACUGGAACACACGCUAAGAUGCCAAAGCCAUGGCAGCAACGGUUGCCCUACAGAAGAUGGGACUUCUACCACAUCGAUGACUGGAACACACGCUAAAGGGCCAUUCUGCCUGUGUCGUACUUAAAGAUAUAUCUUGCCUGAUGACGGUACACAAGAUCGAUACAAAACUAUUGAGUGAUCCUUAUGCAGUGAUACCAGAGAAAAUCAUCAGUCCACUGUAAUGCCACCGAUUACGCACUUGUGGAUUAUAAGGAUAAUGUAAAAGAUGGAUGAAUAUUUUGUAUGCGACACACAUCAUUGGAUCGCUUUGGAGGGAAUUAAUAUUCAUAGAUUGCCUGUACAGAUGGCUGGUCUGCAGAGUAUCUUAGUGUGCUUGCCCUGCUCUCUCUGUAGAAUUCCUAUAGGUGCAGCUCUAGCAGGCAGCUAGGAGGCAUGGACAAAUAUAAGCUGUCCUGGGGGGUGUUUCACAAAACUUGUCAUCAGUGACAAAUGACAGUUUUUGUUAUAAGCUACUGAAAUCCUUACUUCUGAUUGGUUAUCAGCAGAUUUGUCACUGAUUUUUGUCAUUUGUCAUUUUAAAAAGGCUUUGUGAAACGGGUCCCUGGUCAAGUCUAAAAUAGACUUGAAAGUGGCACAAGAGUGCUCAGCAUAGGUUUGGGUGAAAGUUUUAAUGGGAGCUAUUCAGCUUUGGCCUUCAGUUUGGAAGCCACACUGUGAACAAUGGCAUAUUCAUUUUGAGUGCAAAUGAUUUUAAAUUUCUCAUGGAUAUCCAAGUCCCUUAUUUUAAUGUAAACCAGUUGAUUGAUAAUUUGAUAGCUCCUUUUAAUGUACAAGUACAUCAUUUUGAAAGCAAAUUAUUUAUAAGCAUAUAAGCAAAUAUUUAGCAUAGAAAGAGCACAUUAUGUACGACUUUAAUUUCACCAUAAAAUGUGAUUAACACUGGACAAAAGGGUGUAAUAAAACUUUGAUUCUGAAAAGUAACUACCCGACGAUAAUUAACAUUAUUUUUAGAUUUUUUUUUUUCAUUUGGAAGGACUCCAAUUUCAGCUUACAUCAGGAUUGAUUUGAUAUGAUUUGAUUAGUAAAUUCAUUCUCAUCAAUCUACCUCUGGAUUUGAAGAAGAAGAAAAAUAUAGCUACCAGUAUACAUGAACAUAC